AUGGCUAAAUUCAUUAAAUCUGGUAAAGUUGAACUCUAUACUAACAAAAUAUUAGCCAUUGUUGUCCGUGGUCGUUACGCUGGUAAAAAAGUCGUUAUCGUCAAAGCUCACGAUGAAGGUUCAAAAGCUCACAAAUUCGGUCACGCUUUAGUUGCUGGUGUUGAAAGAUACCCAACCAAAGUCUCAAAAAGAGCUGGUGCUAAAAAAGCUGCUAAAGCUUCAAAAGUUAAACCAUUUAUCAAAACCGUUAACUACAACCAUUUAUUACCAACUCGUUACACUGUUGAUGUUGAAGAAUUCAAAUCAGCCAUCACCACUGAAACUUUCGAUGAACCAUCCCAACGUGAAGAAGCUAAAAAAGUUGUUAAAAAAGCUUUCGAAGAAAAAUACCAAUCUGGUAAAAACAAAUGGUUCUUCACUAAAUUAAACUUCUAA